ACUAGGAAUCACGAGCGUGUAAUCUGGCGCCAUCUGAUUGUGGCCUAUCGAUUCUCACGUCCCCUGUCCCCGCUGUCCAGUCUGCUACAGCUCCACUCAAGAUGUGGUCCCUCGCCGCGUGCCUUCUUUUCCUGGGAAUUAACUCAGCUUCGGCGUCAACUUGCUCCACAUCUCUUCACGGACGAUGCGUCACGCUCUAUGAGGGGUGCCAUGUCGGGGACAGCUACACCUAUAACUUCUGUGGUUUCCUGCAGAAGUGUUGUAUCCCGCCCACCAUAAUUCACAACCACGUCACAACAGCCGCUCCCAGUCACGGAAGCGGAAGUGUCUCAACUAAUGCUGCUUCUUGCGGAACAUCAAUGGUCGGAUCUACCCAUACUAAGAUAGUGGGAGGAACCACUGCAUCGCACGGGGAAUUCCCAUGGCAGGUGUCUCUAAUGUAUGGUGGUAGUCACGUGUGCGGCGGCACACUGAUUGAUUCCCAGUGGGUCGCCACAGCCGCCCACUGCUUCGAAGACUACCACAAUGCCCGAUACUGGACGGUGGGUGUAGGUAUGCACGAUCGCCAUCACGUGUACACGACUCAGGUACACCACGUGCGUAACUUGAUCGUCCACACCGGAUACAACUCACAUACAAACCUGAACGACAUCGCCCUGAUGAAACUGGACAAGCCUGUGGACAUUAACACGCAGUACGUGCGGGCGGCCUGCCUUCCUAACGCCCAUGACAGCUUCGACCAGAUGACGUGUACCGUCACUGGCUGGGGCGCCACCUACUUCGAUGAAAAUGGUAACGCCCCUGGUGCUCAGUUUCUAAGAAAGGUUGACGUUCCCACAAUGUCCAACUACCAGUGUCAGUACUUCUUGGGUAGAAAUAACGUGCACACAAGUAACAUCUGUGCCGGGCUCAGAGCGGGCGGGAAGGACGCCUGUCAGGGAGACAGUGGCGGACCUUUGGUCUGUAAGAAGAACGGAGUGUGGAAGCUGGCCGGUAUUGUGUCCUGGGGGUACGGCUGUGGGGACAGGAACGCCCCCGGGGUGUACACACGCGUCACUUCCUUCCUCUCCUGGAUCAACCAACAGAAGGCCGCCCACCCGUGAUCCCGUCACUACAGAUACUCGCCUUACCUUGCUCUAUAAAAUUCACGUGGUGUAUGUCCUGGUUUUUUUUUAUAUAAACUUAAUAAUUACCU